AAAAACAUCACUCUUUUUAUCAAAUCAUAUUCUUAGGCCCAAACUAUGGUAUCUUAGGCAAGGAGCUUCUUCAAUGAGAGGGUUAUGGUGAGGAAGUGUAUUGAGGGGUUUAAUCUGGACGUCCGAUGAUAGAUUUGCAAAUGAUCUUAUGGUUAUUAAGAAUUCUCUCAUUAUAACCCCUCGUUACAGUCUUGCAGUGGGAACUUGCCCCAGUCCAACCCAAAGCCAUGCAAAUUAAACAGAGUCAAACACAUGCACAGCCCUCCCCUUCCCUUCCCUCCUGCAAAUCCUCUCUUCCACAGAACACAUGCCGCAACAUUCUCUCCUAUCUUUCUCCCUACCCUCCAUUCACCCACAGGCCACAAACAAGAAGAAGAAGAAGACGCAUUACAUUGAUCAUGCACAUCUCCAUCACCACCUAGCUACCUCCUUACCUUCUCUCACAGAAACCAACCAUGGCGUUUCAUUUCCAUUCCCAUUCCCAAUUCCUUCUCUUCUUUUUCCUCACAGCAGGGCUAGCUCUACUCUUCCCCUCCACAGCAGAACCCCAUCUCACCGAAAACUACUACGAAAAAACAUGCCCCAAAUUCAACGACAUCGUCCAGCAAGUCGUGACCGACAAGCAAAUUGCCACCCCGACGACCGCCGCCGCCGUCCUCCGCCUCUUCUUCCACGACUGCGUGCUGGAAGGCUGCGAUGCCUCCCUCCUCAUCGCCUCCAACUCCUUCAACAAGGCGGAGCGCGACCAUGACACCAACGUCAACCUCCCUGGCGACGGCUUCGACACCAUUGCCCGCAUCAAGACCUCCCUCGAGCUCCAGUGCCCCGGCGUCGUCUCCUGCGCAGACAUCAUCACCGCUGCCACCCGUAAUCUCGUCAACAUGGUCGGCGGGCCCCACUACCGGGUCAGCUUCGGCCGCAAGGACGGCCUCGUGUCCCGAGCCGACCGCGUCGACGGCCACUACGCCAAGACCAACAUGACCAUGUCCGAGAUCAUCAACCUCUUCGCCUCCAAGAAGCUCUCCGUACAGGACAUGGUCGCCCUCUCCGGGGCCCACACCAUAGGCUUCUCCCACUGCAGGGAGUUCAGCAACCGGAUCUUCAAUUUCAGCAAGACCUCCGACAUCGACCCGACCCUCAACGCCAAUUUCGCGAAGGGGUUGAAGAACCUCUGCGCAAAUUACACAAGUAACCCCGGCAUGUCGGCCUUCAACGACGUCAUGACCCCAGGCAAAUUCGACAACAUGUAUUUCCGCAACUUGCAGAGAGGGCUGGGCUUGUUGAGCACGGACCAGGCUAUGAUGGUGGACGAGAGGACGAAGCCGCUUGUGGAUCUCUACGCGUCGGACGAGAAAAAGUUUUUUGAGGAUUUUGCUCAGUCUAUGAUCAAGGUUAGCCUUAUGAACGUGAAGACAGGGAAACACGGAGAGGUGCGGCGCAGAUGCGAUGCCUUCAACAAUCUGAAGACUUAAAACAAGAAAUUAAGAAUAAUAUUUUGUCCACUUAAUUCAGGUCCUCUGUUUGUGAACUUGCAACCGAUGUAAUUUUUCAUUUUUUGAUUUCUCUUAAAGUUUAGAAAGACGGAACUGUUGUAUCUUCAAGAUACACAGCUGCAAAUUUUGCACGCAACAUUCAUAAUCAAUCACAAACAUGUAUCCUUGAGAAUUUG